AUGCAAAUGAACAAUGAAAUACAGCAGAGGGGCAGCGAAUCCCCAUUGGAUACAGUAGGCCCAGACUCGCAGAGUUGGGCCUCGAGAGAGGAUCCAGACAGGAAGCAGGAGUUUGACAAUGAACCCGAAUACAAGAAGCAACUCUACAGGAUUUUCAGCCCCCGGGUAGCCGAAUCCUUUCUUCAACCAGAGCUCAGAAACCCGCUGGCAAACCCCUGGAUUCAGCAGAUCCUGGAGAGGAUGGGAGGGCAGGUGACUGCUGAAGAUCUAUGGCAAACCAUCAGAGAAGAUUCCAGAAGCCACUGGUCUCUGGCCUGUUCACAACAAUUGCAGGGUGAAGGCUGGGACAAGUGGGAUGGAACAAGGGCCCUUAAACACUCGUGGCACGGGGUUGGCAGAAUGCACAGAGCUGCACAGAUACAGCAAGGACACGCCGCUGCAAUGCUCAGCGCAAAUCCGUUGCACGACUUGAACGACAGCGUGGGGCAGGAGGGGCCAAGGAGGUUCCUGGUACCAGGACUCAUGACCAUUCUGACCGGCUCCUGUGACAGGAACGACGAGCUCCAGGAAUUCAAUACGGAACCGAAAUAUGAGAAAAUGACUCGACAAUCAUUGACACCGACUCCAGCUGGAAUCAAUUGGGAUGGAAAAAACUAUCGUUUUCUAACGGACGGUGAGAUUUCUACUAUUCAACCUUCAGCUUGGUGGAGACACAUAAAAGGGGAGAAACAUUCGGAGCUCAAACCAGUCAAAAGGGCUCAAUUGCCCUCACACUGCACCCACACUAGAAGCUCUGAGACACACAGGGUCUCGCUUCAACCCAUCCAGUUAAAAACAAUUGGCAUCAGUUGCUUUGGUAGCCAUUAG